AUGGACUUGGAAGAAGUGUGCCUAUGUGAUAAUACUUGUGUCGCCUUAGAAUUGGAUUUAUGUGCCUGUGGUUCUACAUUUGUCCUAGUCGUGCUGAAAUUUUGUCUUGAUUUACAGGGUAUAUGGAUUGGAAUGAUCUGCGGGGUGGUAACCCAGUCGCUUACACUUUGCUUCCUGACUUGGAGAACUGAUUGGAAUGAACAGGUGGCCAAAGCUGCAGAACGGCUCAGUCAGUGGUACCUGAAAUCCUCAGAGGAGUCCAAUCAUAAUUCCAAUCAUGUUUGA